AAUGAGUAGAUGUAGUGGUAGGUGAAUGUGUUGGGUGGUUGUAAUGAGUGGAUGUGUUGGGUGAAAUGAGUGGAUGUAGUGGUAGGUGAAUGUGUUGGGUGAAAUGGCAACACCUCCUUUUCUACUGAUGCUACAGCGGAGCGCUACAUUUUUGCUAGUUUCAACUAAACUGGAAGAGAUUGGCCCUUCUACCUACAAUUAUCACGCUGGAAUAGAAAUGCUGUAAACCUCGUAAUGACCAUUGGAUUGCCAUGCUAGUCAGACUGCUUGGUAGUGAUUCCAUUUGAAUGGCUUGACAGUCUGGACGUUUUCUUCAUAAAGAGUGUUUGGGUAACUUCCUUUCCUCUCUCUCUCACUCUUGCUUGCCUAAUUGGAUCCUCAGGUGCAAUUCAAUUGAUCUCAUUCAUCUUACUCGCUUGCUAAAAGGAAAAGAGAGAUGGAGUUCAUUGGGUUCUUUCAAGUUUUCAUCAUCGUCACCGCCAUCAUUACUCUGUUGUACACGUGCUUCAGAUCAUUAAAAUUUUCUUGUUGGCCUUUUUAUACUUCUUUUUCUUCUUCUGCGGACGACGACGAUGAUGAUAUCCCAGCCCCUCGAGAAAAGUAUGAUGGUGAUGAUAUCCCACCCCCAAAGUAUGAUGUGUUUAUUAGUUUCAGAGGUGAGGACACCCGCACUACUAUUACUAGCCAUCUUCACCGUGCCUUACUCCAGAAGAAAAUUGAAACCUACAUAGAUAACAGACUUGUGAGCGGGGGUGAAAUUGCACCUGCCCUUCUAGAAGCAAUCGAGAAAUCUACGCUUUCCUUGGUCAUUUUCUCACAAAACUAUGCAUCUUCCACCUGGUGUUUGGAUGAACUAGCACAUAUACUACACUGCAGGGAAAAAUAUGGCCAGUUGGUUAUACCUAUUUUUUACGGCACCGAUCCAUCAACGGUACGAAAACAAAAGGGGAGUUAUGAAGUUGCAUUUGCUCAACUUGAAAAACGCUUCAAGGGCAAUAUCGGCAAGGUGAACGUGUGGAGGGAUGCUUUGACGACUGCAGCUAAUCUAUCUGGCUUCUCAAACAAAACAGGGACGGAGGCCGAUUUAGUUACGGAAGUUGUAAACGAAAUUUGGAGCCAGUUGAAUAGAAAAUCGUCAAGUGUUUUAAAGGGCCUUGUUGGAAUGGAAAGACGCAUUGAACAAAUCGAGUCAUCAUUAUGCAUAGAUUCACUUGACGUAUACGGUGUAGGUAUUUGGGGCAUGGGUGGCAUUGGCAAGACCACCCUUGCUGAUGCUGUAUUUCAUCGACUCUCUUCUAAAUUUGAAGCUUCUUGUUUUCUUGGAAAUGUUAGGGAGAAAUCAGCAAAAGAAGAUGGACUAGUUCGCCUGCGAAACACACUUCUUUGUGAGAUAUUAAAGGAAAAUGAUCUAAACAUCGGCACUCCGACUAUAGGAUUAGAUCAUGUUAGAAAGAGGAUGCGAGGUACGAAGGUCCUCAUUGUUCUUGAUGAUGUAAAUGAUUCAAACCAAAUAAAUUUUCUUGCUGGAGUUCCUGACCAGUUCGGCCCCGGAAGUAGAAUAAUUAUAACAACUAGAGAUAAGAGCGUACUUCAGAAAAGUGUUGAACAGAAUAAGAUAUACGAGGUUCAGGAAUUAAAUUCUGAUGAAGCUUUUCAACUUCUUCAUUCGAGUGCUUUUGGAAAUAACAUUUCUAGAGUCGAUUGUGCAGAGUUGUCAAAAAUUGUGGUAGAUUAUUGUGGAGGGAUUCCAUUAGCUCUUCAAAGUUUGGGUUCCUCAUUCCUUCACUGUGAGAGCAAAGAAGAUUGGCUGGAUGAAUGGAAAGAAUUUCCGAGAGAAAAGAUCUGGGAAGUGUUGAGAUCAAGUUAUGAUGGAUUAAAAGAAAUUGAGAAGGAGAUAUUUCUUGAUAUAGCAUGUUUUUAUCAAGGGAAAGAUGUGUACAUUGUAAAAGAACUGCUAGAUAUACUUGGCUUUCGUGCUUCGGUAAUUAAUGUUCUGAUUGAUAAGUCUCUCAUAUCAAUUUCAACAAGUAACAGCCUGCAGAUGCAUAAUUUGUUACAAGAAAUGGGUAGGGCAAUUGUUCACAAACAAUGUAAUGAAGAGCCCGAAAAAUGCAGUAGGUUAUUUGUUGAUGAGGAUUUCAAUCGGGAAUUGAAAACUAAUACGGGAAGUGCAAUGCUACAAGCCAUUUUCUUUAACAGGUCUGCGAAUCAUGCAGACUUUGCAAAGAAGUAUGAUCUAAGGUUGCUAUACGUUUAUAACUCCAGCCGUAACAAGUACUGCAAAGUAAAAGUUUCUCUUCCCGAUUCUCUAGCCUAUCUUGACUGGGAGGGAUACCCUUUCAACUCUUUGCCAUCAAAACUUAGUCCGGAAAAUCUUGUUGAGAUUCAAAUGCGGAACAGCCAAGUUGAGCAACUUGAAGGCCAGAAUCUCAUAAACUUAAGAGUGAUGGAUCUUGGUCUGUCCAAGCAUCUGAUGGAAGUUCCAGAUCUCUCCCAAAGUCCAAACAUCGAGCAUAUAAAUUUGAGUGGAACCGCAAUUAAAAGCGUACCUGCAAGCAUUGGUAAUUUGAAAUCUCUUGAGGAACUUGAUCUGAGUGGAACUGCGAUCACGUGCCUACCUGCAAGCAUCAAAGAAGCUUCUCGGCUGAUUUGUCUGCGGCUAACCAAUUGCAGGAGCCUUGAAUCUUUACCAGAGCUCCCAGGGGUACGUUGGCUUCAAGCACAUGGCUGCACAUCACUCAAGAAAGUGUUGAGCUCAAAGACUGCCCUUACAUUAGGUUGGGAUGAAUAUAAAAAUUCUCAAGGACUUCAAGAGCAACUUACAUUUUCAAAUUGCAUAGGAAUGGGAUGGGAUGCUUGGUGUGAUAUAUUGACUGAUUCGCAGAUUAGAAUUGUGCGAAUGGCAAUUGCAUUGUCAAAGCACUUUAAACAAGAAGAUAUUGAAGUAGCAUCUCAUCUUGAAUUUGAAGACGAAAGUAAAGAGUAUGUUUUUAGAUCUCCAUUCUGCGUUGUAUGUUCUGGAAAUAUAAUUCCAAGAUGGUUCCCGUAUGAAGUUCAUAAAUCGGUACUACAGAUCAAACUUGGUCCAAACUUCUUUAGCACUGAUUUUUUGGGUUUCGCCUAUUCGGUUGUUGUUGCAUUCAAGAAUUAUAAUGUUGGAGGGAGUUUGAGGCUUGGAUGUAAAAUCAAUUUCAAAGGCCGUGGUGAUCAUUGUAUCUAUCAUCGGAGUUGCAUGGUUGCCGAAUAUGGAGAAAUCAAUGAGUGCAAGUUUGAUGAGCCUCACUCGUUCGUCUGGUUUAGCACCCUUGACCAUGUAAAGCAAGGAAGCUACAAUGGCGUCACCGAGGCCAUAUUUGACUUCUACCCAAUAGUAGAUGAUCUUCCUCAUGGCGGAGCCAUUGAUUGUUCCAAGAUUGAGGUGACAAUGUGUGGGGUCUACCCAAUGUAUGCUAGAUAUAUGUGGUUUUCGUACAGCAUGAAUCGGCAGUUCUGAGUGAUAAGUCUCUCAUAUCAAUUUCAACAAAUAACUGCUUGGAGAUGCAUAACUUGUUACAAGCAAUGGGUAUCAGGCCGAGCUACCAUCUGUAGAGCUUACUGUAUAUUUUGUUUUUUCCCCGUGAGAUUUUUUCCCCCGUGAUUUUGUUUUGUGUCCUGUACGUUUACUGUAUAUUUUGUGUUUACCCGAUCCACAUGCAGUGCAUGAAAUCAAAAUAUAAUCUCUAAAUAAUCACCGAUUUCUUUUUGGAAUGUAAAUUUCUUCGAGUUUCAACAAUUAGUGGAUCAUGGCCGAAGGGUGUUAAGACUGAUGAACUGGCAUUGUUUAUACUAGAUGGUUGAAAAGGGCUUUGAAGCAUUAGCAGCAAUAGAUCAAUCUUGGGAAAGUUUUACGGCCGAACAAUCUGAGGAGAAUGAAUCAAAUGAAAAGUGGGUAUCAGGCCGAGCUACCAUCUGUAGAGCUUUCUCUUCUCUCUUGCAACAGGCUUGGCUUGCACCAGUGCAUCACUUGGUUAGUUUUUAUUUUCUAGUAAAUUUUGCAGAAAAACGAAGGCAUGUACUUUUUUUUUGUGAGAUACUAUUUCAUAUUUAAUAUGCUAUCUGAAGUUAUUGUCUUUAAUUGGAGCCAUUAAAUACUAGGUUCUUAAGACUCCCAACUUCUUGUGGGUCUGUACUUUAGACAUCAAA